CUCGCUAACCCCCGCCGGGCUGCGGAGAAGGCUGAUGCCCGUCUCUAAUCCACCUGCACCGCGAUACAAUGAGCGUGUCCCUCCCGUACCCCUGGAUAGAUUAUAAUUUCACACCUCAUACAUAAUCCCUACACUUCUUCACACUGGCUAAACUGUUGUCAUUUGUGACGUUUGGCAGCUUUGUUGUAAGAAAAGUUGUCCAGGAUGGAGUCAAAGCGAGAGAAAGACCAGGAUGCAGAGUGUGAGAGGAUCACUGCAGUGCUGCUCAAGUCACGUACGGGAGAAUUUGAAUUAGAAUCAAUAUUGUUUCUCAAACUGAGAGGCCUUGGAAUACACGACCUUGGAUGUAUUGGGGAAUGCAUGAAUUUGGAGAGGCUGGACCUAUCUGGGAACAAUAUAACAAAUUUAGCUUCUCUAACGUCGCUUCGACUUCUUUCUGUGCUAAAUUUGUCUGCUAAUAGAAUCUCCAAUGUAGAGCCUCUCCGGGGUUGUGAAAAUUUACAAAACCUAAAUAUUGCUGGUAAUAUCAUCUCCAGUACUGACAACCUACACUGCCUCGUUACUUUGAGAAAGCUGGAAAACAUACGUCUGAAAGAUAACACUUACAAUUACAGUAACCCCGUCUGCAGGAACGCAUCGUAUCGAGCCACAGUGCUUGAGAUGUUCCCUAACAUCAAAGUGCUGGAUGGAGAAAGAGUUGUAGGACGGGGAAGCGACUUGUACCAGCUAUGCAAAGACAUCGAUGACACUAUUAAGGCAGGUUCAUACAAGAAUGGACAACUUGUGGAACAUCCUGAUUGUAAACCGUGGGUAGAGGAUAGUUACUGGGAGAUAAAGAGAUCAAACAACGCCAUCAUCGAAGAGGCCUACAAACAGUUUAAUGAUGUUCUUCAUGAAUGCAGACUCCUCAACAACAGAGCCACUCAUGUCAUCUCUCAAACUGAAAGAUCCAUGAGCUUGAAAAAGCAGCCAAAACAAUAUGCACUCUGAGUUGGGCUAUUUUGGGUUUUGUUUAUAGUUGUUGUCUCUUUUGCACUGUAUCAUGGCUCCAUAUACUGUAGCUUUUUAAAAUGCUGUAUCCAAAUGCUUGAUAAUUGCCUGGCACACUCGCUGUGUUGCAUUGUAUGAAAUCUACUGUGACUGUAUGUAUCCUGUGCAUCAGUUAUCAGAAUAAAUGAGUGCGUUUUGGAAACCUUUACCCGUUUUGAUACUCCGUAUGGUUCAAAGAUGUCUUAACUUUGCACAGUGUGCACAUUUAAAUGCCGUAGGCUGCAGUUUUACUAAGAGCUAUGCUGCUUUUAAAGAUUUCUACGUGUUGAUUUUUUUCCUAUUAGCGUUGCUGAAAGAGUCCGAGUAAAUGUGUACCAUGCUGUAUGCUUUUUGUGUGAGUUGUGCUUUAGCAAAAAGUGACUGAAUGAUUGUUUCGGCAGUUUCUACUUGUUUUCUACCAUGAAGUGUUUUAGUGAAUGAUGUAUGGAAAAUACAGCCUUUAUGAAGCUACAA